AUGCAUCAGCAGUUACCAGUGAUGACGCUUGUCACCUCCUUCCUUCUCCUCAACGCCCCAGUUGUUCCGACGGAUUUUCGCAUCUUUGGUAACUCACCUAACGAAUUCCUUCUAACCGAUGACACUCCCUCAAACCACUUGGUUGGUAGGGUUCAAGCCCCUGUGGAAAACACCGACACAUUCCCUUCUUCUGGCUCAAUCACCAACCGACACCAAUGGCGAUUCCAAAUAUUUCGACCCCAUAAGGAACCCGAUCAACUUUUUCGCAUAGACCCGGAGUCCGGGGAACUAUAUACCAUCAGACUCAUUGAUCGAGAGGCACUUUGUCCCCAGUUUGAUGAGGCUGACUGUGUUCUAGACUUUCAGGUGGCUGCACAGCCCCAGACCACUCAAGGAUUGCCUUCUUUCAUUGACGUUAAAGUUCUACUUGUCGACAGGAACGAUCACGUACCAGAAUUUCCCGAUCCAGGAUUUGUGAAUUUUACAGUACCAGAAUCUGCCGUAAUUGGCACAAAGUUUCCCCUCCCCCUAGCUCGCGACCCGGACACAAGUCAGUACUCUGUGAGUGCUUACACAGCUGAGCCAGGCCUGCCGCCUGAGUGGUCACUUGUAGUCGAAACCAGCGGCUCAGGAGAAGAAAUGUCCAUGCGUCCGAAAAUGGGAUCUUCUACUAACAAGAUAACCGGUCUCUACCUGAAAUUACAAAAGCCUCUAGACCAUGAAAAAAGGAAAAAUUAUACAUUCAAAAUUCGAGCGCUUGACGGUUUGGAGGCAAACGAAAUCACUCCCACUGGUAAUAGAAAGGACAUUUUGCAUGUCUUUAUAUACGUGGAGGAUAUAAACGACAAUGGACCGGUCUUUCGACCACGGGAAAAAUCCUACUCUGGAGUGCCGACCAAUGUGCAGCUAAGCGAUUGGAUGGUCACGUACACGGCCACAGUUCCUGAGAGCAAGUGGAUCAAAGACCCUAUCCUGAAGUUAGAAGCCGAUGAUUUGGACGGCCCUGCCAAUUCAAAAAUCCACUACUAUUUUGCUCCUGCGACAAGUAAGCAGGUACGAGAGUACUUUAAAUUGGAUUCGGUCAGUGGCUACUUGUUUCUGCGGAAGCCUCUUGACUACGAAUUACAGACGGAGUUUUCCUUUCGUGUGACAGCAACUGAUGUAAAAGAGGAAAGUUUGCGGGGGAACCCAACUCAAAGUCAGCCCGUUCAGUCCCCAUCUACCCUGCACACUGCCACGGCUCAGGUGGUGAUCACAGUGAUCGAUACAAAUGACGAGACGCCAGCAAUUGAAGUGGAUUUUAUCUCCAAUGGGCCUAGUAAAUCACCUCUCAUGACGAAGUAUGCAGAGGUCGAGGAGAACGCUCCACCACCCCAAUUCAUAGCGAGCAUUCAGGCCACGGAUAGAGAUGCUGGACUGAGUGGGCAAGUAAACUGUAUCCAGCAACCUGUGGUGAAUCCGAGUUCUAUAAAAGCUGGAUUAUGGUCCAAACCGACAGCAGCCGAAAAUUCUUCACAAUUUCAAUUGGAUGAGAUUCGUCAGGAAAUUGGACGCGUACAAUAUAGGUUGUUGACGAGGGAAGCCCUAGACCGUGAAGACACUGAAAACGGCGGAGCUUAUCGUCAAGUGAAAAUUAUCUGCACUGAUGCGGGUCAGCCUCCGCGGACUUCCAGUACAUUCGUUAACAUUAGAGUUCGAGACGAAAAUGAUAAUGCACCCAAAAUAAUUUUAAGGCAACCUCCAGAUUACCUUUAUGGUCUAGAGUCAUCAGAAACUGAUAUGUGGCCUUUUGUGUUCGAAAAUGCUCCUGUUGGGAGCUUGGUCACUCGGGUGAACGCCUCAGACCUGGACGAAGGCGAAAACGGUCGUCUGAGUUACAGUAUUGAGAAAACCGAGCAACCUGAUGACACAGUAAAUCCGUUUAAUUUUUUUCAGAUAAAUGAGAAGACUGGCGAUAUCACAACACGAAUUGAAAUAGAUCGGGAAGCCUUUGAACCUCCUCUUUCUUGUGUAACCCUAAAGGUUAAAGUUUCCGACAACGGUGUACCUCCCAAGUCCGCAACACAAGAGAUCAAAAUUUACAUUCGUGAUGAAAAUGAUAAUGGCCCUGUUUUUCAGCGACAGGAAUACCAGUUUCAUGUGAUGGAAAACUUGCCUGCUGGCUACGCUGUAGGAGAAAUCUUGGUGACAGACAAGGAUGAAGGGGAAAUAAAACUGGGUUUCGGAAUGCAGCCCCACGGUCCCCUCCCAUUUACCAUUUGGCAAAGUCCUUCCGGAGCAGAUAAUGAACACAAACCCUAUUCCAUGACACUGUUCAUUCUGAAUACAACCAGACCAUUAGACCGAGAAGCUGAACAUGCCUUUAGGUUUACUCUUCUAGCUACAGACGGACCAAGUGGAUAUGGCAGAUCUAGAAUAGGUACGGCAACGGCUACGGCUACAGUGGAAGUUUUUGUUGAAAAUGAAAAUGACAAUGAUCCUGUAAUAAUUUUUCCACAGAAACAAAACAAAACUUUUUACCUUUCAUGUCACGAGAAGAAGAACUUUGAACUCCUUACAAUCAACGCGAAUGACAAGGACCCCUCAGAAAAUCCACACAUCUUUGAACUUGUGAAGAGUGCGAUAGAAGCUCGAAUGAUCAACCAAAGUAGUACAAGCAAUUUCACAAAGGAGGAGGGAGAGGCAGGUUCGUUCAGGGUUUCCGACUUUCUGGACAUUGAGCCAACAACCGGAAUAGUUUUUCUUUCCCGCGACAUGAAAUCGGAGGAUAAAGGUGUCCACAUUUUUAAAGUUCAAGUCACCGAUGGAGGUGUUCCCCCUCGGUCCAGCUCGAUAACAUUUUUUGUUCUUGUGGACAACUCUUCCCCCCGAUCACCGCUUCGUGAAAACCCUGCACCCGCCAUCAAUCCAAGCACCAGACCCGCAGCAAAUACUGAUCGCCCACCUCCAAAAGACUCGACCCACAUUCUCAGCGACAGAACCAGUAGUCGAAAGCGAUCUCAUGAUAUUCGCCCCAGGCAAGGACAGCGAGUUGCAAGUGAUUUAAUCAUCCUGCUAGCACUAGGCUUGGUAUUCCUCCUUUUAAUCGCAACAUUAGGUCUCGUAGUUUACUUCCGUUACUGGAAGAAACAAACUCGUUUAGCUCAAGUUAAUGGCAACCGAGACUCCUUACUGUUUGCUAAUCAUGUAAACAUGAGCGGAAGCACAUGUAUGAAAGAAAUUCGAGUUCCCGCAUCAAAAAAACCGGAACGAUGGUUAUGUACUAGUGACGGUUCCAUCAUCGGCGUUUCCUCCCCACCUCAGUUGCUUACCGAAAGUGAGCAUUUAAAGAACCACUUCCCUACUGUAAUUUCCUCAUCUGAUAGCACUGGGAACAUUUAUUACAAGGCAAAAGCAGACACCUUGAGACCAGGAGGUGAAGGCAAUGACAAUGGAACCGCCUAUUCCUCCUUAGUUCCCAUGACUUCGGUGAUUCUCAAACCAAAUUUGGUCCCUGGCUGUGAGAGCUACUUACGGUCUGAACCCCAGCUUGCGUACUACGCUCAAAAUAUGCAUGCAUUAGGACCACAGCCAAAAGAUCGAUCGGUCACUUCCUCGAGCAAGAACACACUAGAGAAAAACAUAUUCAGGAAUGUCUCUGCCAUGAAACAGCAACAGAAUGAGAUUUUGGUCCUUCCUCCAAUUGCUUGGGACUGUCAGUCAAGGAGCGAUACCUCAUCGAAGCAGGAGGAUCUAGUGACAGACGGUAGAAGAGAGGACGCAAAUGUUGGUCAGUUUUAUUCCCCUUUUUCGUGA